CGCCAUGUAAACAAGGAAGCGGAGUGUCAACAACAGAGGCGGCUGUCAGCGGGGGAUCCAGCCGGUGUGAUCCAGUCAUGGCGCAGCAACGCGGGGUGAACGGGCUCCGGUUCAACCAGGACCAGAGUUGCUUCUGCUGCGCAAUGGAGACCGGAGUGAGAAUCUUCAACAUCGAGCCGCUGAUGGAGAAAGGACACCUCGAUCAGGAGCAGGUGGGGAGUGUUGGUCAGGUGGAGAUGUUACACAGAUGUAACCUGCUGGCUCUGGUGGGCGGCGGCAGUAAUCCCAAAUUCUCUGACAUAUCAGUGCUCAUCUGGGACGAUUCCCGGGAUGGAAAGGACAGGCUGGUCCUGGAAUUUACAUUCACCAAACCGGUGCUGAGCGUACGGCUGAGAUCCGACAAGAUUGUGAUCGCGGUGAAGAAUCGGAUUUAUGUUUAUUCCUUCCCAGACAACCCGACCAAGCUGUUCGAGUUCGAUACCAGAGACAACCCGAAAGGCCUGUGUGACCUUUGCCCCAGCAUGGAGAAGCAGCUCCUCCUCUUUCCCGGUCACAAGUGCGGCAGUUUGCAGCUGGUGGAUCUGUGCAACGCCAAGCCCAGCACCUCCUCCGCCCCGUUCACAAUCAACGCCCAUCAGAGUGAACUGGGCUGCCUGGCCGUCAACCAGCAGGGCACUCUCGUGGCCUCCGCCUCACGGAAAGGCACUUUAAUACGACUGUUUGACACUCAGACACGGGAUCAGCUGGUAGAAUUAAGACGUGGCACGGACCCCGCCACCUUAUACUGCAUCAAUUUCAGCCACGACAGCUCCUUCCUGUGCAGCUCCAGCGACAAGGGCACGGUCCAUAUCUUCGCUCUGAAGGACACUAAGCUCAACCGCCGAUCUGCCUUGGCCCGCGUCGGGAAGGUGGGUCCGAUGAUCGGCCAGUACGUGGAUUCCCAGUGGAGCCUCGCCAGUUUCACGGUACCCGCGGAAUCCGCCUGCAUCUGCGCCUUCGGGAAGAACACCUCCAAAAACGUCAACUCCGUGAUCGCCGUCUGUGUGGAUGGAACGUUCCACAAGUACGUCUUCUCCCCGGAAGGGAACUGCAACCGCGAGGCCUUCGAUGUGUAUCUGGACAUCGGCGAUGAUGACGUUUUUUAAG